AAAAUGAAUCCAAAUAGCCUACUCUGUUUUAUUACUGGAAAUGGAUUGGUCUUUUUUUUUUAAUUAAGCUGAAAAAUAAGCAGUAACUUCAUCUCAACUUAGCAAGUUUCUGAUAAAAUAAAUGUUUUAGGCAUAUGCUGCAUUAAGAUAUCUUCAGCAAAUUCCUGUUUUUUUCCAGUUUCUUGUGCAUGCAAAUGCAUUAUUUAUUAAUAGUGAAAUAAUUUUUAAUUAAACUUUAAAUUACCUAUCUUUUCUGAUUUACCUAGGACUGACUUCUUCAGUGUUUAAAGUCCAAGAAAAAUGGCAAAUAUGGACAGCGACUCUAGGCAGCUUCUCAUCCCUGAAGUAGAUGAUGAAGUACAACCUGGACCCAUGAAUAUCCAGUUUGAUUCAUCAGAUCUAAGAUCCAAAAGGCCUUUCUACAUAGAGCCCACGAACAUCGUCAGUGUGAAUGAUGCCACUCAGAGGGCCAGCGACUGCGCCUCCGCCAUGAACAAGAGGAUCCAUUACUACAGCCGGCUCAGCGCUUGUGCGGACAGGGCGCUGGUUGCCCCCGACCACGUGGUCCCAGCGCCGGAAGAGCGCUACGUGUACAGCCCGCUGGGCUCCGCCUACAGGCUCCAGAGCUGCUGCGAAGGGCACGGGAAGAACAGCAGCGUGGUGACCAUUUUUAUGAUUUGGAAUACCAUGAUGGGAACAUCUAUACUAAGUAUUCCUUGGGGCAUAAAGCAGGCCGGAUUCACUACUGGAAUAUGUGUCAUCAUGCUGAUGGGCCUUUUAACACUUUACUGCUGCUACAGAGUAGUGAAGUCCCGAGCCAUGAUAUCGUCAGUGGACACCACUACCUGGGAGUAUCCAGAUGUCUGCAGAUACUAUUUUGGCUCUUUCGGGCAGUGGUCAAGCCUUCUCUUCUCCUUGGUGUCCCUCAUUGGAGCAAUGAUCGUUUACUGGGUGCUCAUGUCUAAUUUUCUUUUUAACACUGGAAAGUUUAUUUUUAAUUUUAUUCAUCAUAUUAAUGAUACAGAUACUACGCUGAGUACCAACGACAGCAACCCUGUGACCUGUCCAGGUGCAGGGAGUGGCCGCCUGGACAACGGCUCUGCGAUCUUCUACGGCAACGACACGGAGCUGCAGCAGCUUGAGAAGUGGUGGAGCAAGUCCAGGACGGUGCCCUUGUACCUCAUUGGCCUCCUCCUGCCGCUGCUCAAUUUCAAGUCACCAUCUUUCUUCUCCAAGUUUAACAUCCUAGGCACAGUGUCCGUUGCCUACUUGAUUUUCCUUGUCACCUUGAAGGCAGUUCGCUUGGGAAUUCAUCUGGAAUUUCAUUGGUUUACGCCAACAGAGUUUUUUGUACCAGAGAUAAGAUUUCAGUUUCCGCAGCUGACUGGAGUGCUCACCCUGGCUUUCUUCAUUCAUAACUGUGUUAUCACACUUCUGAAGAACAACAAGAGCCAGGAAAACAAUAUGAGGGACUUGUCCAUCGCCUACAUGCUGGUGGCAUCGACCUAUCUCUAUAUCGGGGUCCUGGUUUUCGCUUCAUUUCCUUCACCGCCUUUAUCCAAGGAUUGUAUAGAACAGAACUUUUUGGACAACUUCCCCAGCAGUGACAUCCUGUCCUUCAUUGCGCGGAUUUUCCUGCUGUUUCAAAUGGUGACCGUGUACCCGCUCCUGGGCUACCUAGCCCGGGUCCAGCUGCUGGGCCAUGUCUUUGGGGACCCUUAUCCCAGCGUUUUCCACGUGCUGGUUCUGAACCUGGUCAUUGUGGGGGCCGGCGUGACGAUGGCCUGCGUGUACCCGAACAUAGGCGGGAUCAUCAGAUAUUCGGGAGCAGCCUGCGGCCUGGCCUUUGUGUUCAUCUAUCCAUCUCUCAUCUACAUAAUUUCCCUCCGCCAAGAAGACCGUCUGACGUGGCCCAAAUUAGUCUUCCACGCUGCCAUCAUCAUUUUGGGCCUGGCCAACCUGAUCGCUCAGUUUUUCAUGUGAAACACUCCGCCGUCUGCUCAAGGUCUUCCGUGGUAUUUUGAACUUUGACAACAGUCCCGUAGCAACGCACUUGGAAAUGCUCCUGUUGCCACAGUUCUGAACGUCUCCCUAAGAUCAUUUGAAAACAAGGGCGACAGCCAUCCACUCCUAAGUGAUUCUGGUUAGAGUGGGGAAGGGACAGUAAGAACCGUCUUUCUCUCUGCCUGUUCCAUACUCUCCCACUUCCUCUUUGCACUGUCUGUUCUGAAUAGAAUGUCUGCCCUUAGGAAGGAUCACGCUGUGUUUUGCUUUUAGACAUGAGGCGGGUGGGUACGUUUUGGCUACAAUGAAGAUUCUCAGGGCGCCACACAGCCGUGCACUGCCAGGCCUGUUUCUGUGUCAUGUUUCAUGUAUUCACUUUCAUUUUUUUACUUGCUAGGCCGUUGUUGCAGUUUGCCAAAACCUUUACUGUUUGGGACAGUAAACCAAAUACCUCAUUUUUAAAAAGAAAUCUCUGUGACAUCAGUGUUAAUAGAGUGAAUUUUUAAUCAUGUCCUCAA